AAAUUGAUACCAAAAGCAUAAAUAAAAUAAAUAAUGGGUUAAUUUCUAUCGUAACCAAUCACGCAAAAAAUACAUGACUCAUAGUCCAAUGGGAUUCUAUAAUGUCAUACUACGUCAAUGCAAGGUUGGAGACUUUAAAUGGAGGAUGCCCACAUAAUGAAAGUAGAUUUUAGGGAAGAUGCAUCUAUGUUUGCUGUUUUUGAUGGACAUGGUGGUGCUGGAAUUUCAAAUUAUUUGGCUGAGAAUUUUUUAGACGUUUUGGUUCAGCAACCUGCAUUCGUUGGUGAAGAUUAUACCUAAGCCUUACAUGAUAGUUUUGUAUAGUUGGAUGAGAUGAUCAAAAAUAAUGUGGCUAAAAAUACAUUUAUUGGUUCAACAGCUGUAGUGGCCCUGGUAAUUUAGAAGACCUUAUAUGUUGCCAAUUUAGGAGACUCUCGUUGUCUUCUGAUGCGUGAUGAUGAAACUAUUGAGUUAACAAAAGAUCACCUUCCUUGUAAUGAAUUAGCCAGGAUCAGAUUUGCAGGAGGAUUUGUGAAUGAAGAAGGCCGUCUCAAUGGAACACUAUCAGUCUCACGUGCUUUUGGCGAUUUCGAAUUCAAAUAAGAAUCAUUACCAGCAAAUUAGCAAAUGGUUAUUGCUGAACCUGAAAUAAGAAAGAUAAAAUUGAAUAAGGAUGAUAAAUUCUUAUUUCUCGGUUGUGAUGGACUGUUCGAAACGAUGAAUAGUUAUAAAGUGAUGUAAUUCAUUGGAGAAAGAUUAGACAGGGGUAUGGAACCACCAUUAAUACUUGAAAACUUGCUCGAUUCUUCUUUGGCAAUCGAUACUACUACUGGCUAUGGAUGUGACAACAUGACUGCUAUGCUAAUAUUGUUGCACAUCUGAAUGAUAUUCAAAUUAAAAAUUAAUACAACUAUCAAUAAAAUAACUCAUAUAGAAUUUAAA